UGCGAGAACAGCAAACAAGAAAAGGACCUGGCUUGAAGAAUUCCCAAAAAUAAGAAGUGUCGCAGCAAAUGUUGAAAUAGAACUAGAGUAGGCACGCGCAUUUAAAUAAAAAACAGGAAACAUCGCCAUCAGAAGCGAUAAGGUUGCCGUUUGACAAGAUGUUGUUAACCACAAUCUUUGGUCUGCUUUUGGUAUUCUACCCAUUAAAAGUCGCUGAAUGCUUUACGUCAGCAUGGUCUUACAACUGCAAAAACGACGUAUGCCUCAAGACAAACGCAACGCCCAAUCGCCGUACCCAGCUCAAUACCUGCCUUAUUACUUGUGGAAGAUACGGAGGUUUAUGGCCCCAUCCUUCUGGUAAGACGUUUAUUGGCAACAUGACCUUGCCCAUCCAGCUAUGGAACAUUGCAGAACCAAAGAUCACUUUCGCUGCUCCGCAAAACAAGAAAGCAGAACAAUUAGCUACAGCGGCGUAUCAGAUAUUCAAGGCAAGGUUGAAUAAAAUUUACAGGAAGUUCAACGUCAAAUCCCUUGCCAAAGACGGUGCUCAAUGUAACAGUCCUGUCUGGGAAUACAAAUUUUCCGUGAAGAUCAACAUUAAAGCUGCCGAUGCCAAACUUCAUCUUGAUACUGACGAAUCCUACAGUCUUGUCAUUCGAACCGUGAAUUCCCAAAUUACCGCCGAAAUAGACGCAGAGACCUUCUUUGGAGCGCGACAUGGACUAGAGACGCUGGGCCAGUUGAUCACUUUCGACGACAUUUGCGGCAGUAUGCAAGUCGUAACAGACGUUGACAUCGAAGAUGCGCCUGCAUACCCAUUACGAGGUUUCAUGUUGGACACGAGUCGUAACUUUUUCUCAGUUGAUAGCAUUUUGAAAAUUAUUGACGGUAUGGCACUGAAUAAACUCAACACUUUUCAUUGGCAUAUUACUGAUACACACAGCUUUCCAAUAUACAUCAAAGAGCAACCUGAAAUGACUCAGUACGGAGCUUAUUCCCAACGCCAUAUCUACAUGCCAGAUGACGUUAAGAAGAUCGUUCAAUACGCAGCUGCCCGCGGGAUACGAGUGAUGCCUGAGUUUGAUCAACCAGCGCACUGUGGUAAUGGUUGGCAAUGGGGACCCAAGAAGGGAUUCGGUAGAAUGGCUACCUGUGUCAAUAAAGACCCGUGGACCUCGUACUGUGUCGAACCACCGUGUGGACAACUUAAUCCUCUAAAUGAUCACAUGUACAAUGUUCUUGGUACCAUCUACAAGUCAUACCUGGAAAUGUUUGACCUAGACAUAUUCCAUAUUGGCGGUGACGAGGUGAACAUUGGGUGCUGGAAUUCAACAGAAGAAAUAACCAAACAUAUGGAAGAUCAAGGAAAAGCAAGAACAGAAAAGGAUUUCAUGGAUUUGUGGAAAGUCUUCCUCGACAGAACAACGGCAAAAUUCCGUGAAGCAAACAAAAAUCAAGAUAUGCCGUUAAUCCUUUGGAGCAGCCAUAUGACUUACCCGAAAUACAUCGAAAAAUACGUGGACAAAUCAAAAUACAUCAUUCAAAUAUGGUCUGAAAAAUCUGACAAGACAAUUUCUAAUUUGAUCAACAAAGGGUAUCGUGUUGUUUUCUCCAAUUAUGACGCGGUAUACUUGGAUUGUGGAUUUGGUGGCUGGGUAACAGAUGGCAACAACUGGUGUGCCCCGUACAAAGAAUGGCAGAGAUUAUACAACAACGAUCCCAAGAAGAUUCUCGCUGAUUUUGGAAUCAAAGAUCCAGCUAAGUUGAAACUAGUGUUAGGAGGAGAAUCAGCGAUGUGGUCGGAACAGGUUGAUGAGUCUGCCCUUGGGACCAAAGUAUGGCCCCGUGCAGCUGCAUAUGCAGAACGUCUUUGGUCGGAUCCUAACACCAACUGGCGUGCCGCAGAGGCCAGGCUGCUAAGGCACAGGGAAAGGAUGGUUCAUCAUGGCAUUGCUGGUGACUCUCUACAGCCAUUGUGGUGUCUUCAAAACGAAGGCAAAUGUAUUGUUUAGUGUAUCGGACCGUUUUGGCUGAUGAUUUAAAGUGAUACGUAGAUAAAUGCGAUGUACUAGGGUGAGGUUCAUCAAGAAAUAGAAAAACUUAGUUUCUAAAUGCAAGAAA